CUACCGCGGUAGGUGGAGGCACACGAGCAAGUGCAAUGGACCUCAUCCACUCCACCUCCCUCCCUUCGUACUCUCACGGUUGAAGAUGGUAUGGAAAGAGAACUGCUGAACACCGACAGUAACACCUGAACAUUCUCCUUUGUGUAACCGAGGCCACUUUCAAGUGCCGUAUCCGGAUAUCCCGAUGCCUUGAAGACUCCUCGAGGUCAGCGAGGAUCUGAAAAAUGAGCGAGAAUUAUGAUCCUGGACCCGGGGUAGUUCCUGACUCUCUAUAUUCUACGGUUCUCCUGUCACAAAGAGAUCUGGGGCUACAAGUCCCUAUAAACUACGUUACUACUCCUGGAGUUUCUUUCUCAGCCGCUUGUUUUCCUCGUCUCAGAUAUGAGGACGACAAUUCGGCUGACUGUCUUUCGAAUCUACUUGCUGUUGGCUUCCGCAGGUUCGAGAUAGACUUGUAUUGGGACCAAUGGAGACAGGUAUGGAGUUUCUGUCCGGUGACUGUACCGUCCUCCGUCCCAAAUGCAGAUACUGGGACGAGGACAACCAUGGACACCAGUCCCAGCGCUCUUUCUGCUGUGCUGUCUGCUGAGGCACCCAUCUCCUCAUUCCCGCUGUCCUCGCUGGCUUCCACAUCCAGCCCUCCUUUGUCCACCGGAAUCCUUGCCCGGCAGGCUACCUCGACUCCCUCUUCGAGCUUGGAAACCCCUUCUGCGCAGACUAGCCCGACAACUGCUAGCCCGACGAACAGCGCUGAAACUUCUCUCGGACAGACCCUUCCCAGCAUUUCUAUUCUCCCAAACACUUCUAAUGAACCACUGGUCUCGAUUGGGCCUUACGUCUGUACCACCAGUAUCACUUUGUCCACAUUCAUAACUCAGCUCUUGGACUAUAUACAAAAAACCCAGAAUACUAUUGGGGCUCAUCUGCUCUACGUUGAUCUCAAUAUCCAUGCGGCUGCGAAUUCUUCGUCGCCAACCUCGCCAGCUCCCAGGCCUUCAGGCCUACCUCAACCGCCAGACUUACUGGGAACACUCUUCGAAGCGAAUCUUUCUGCAUACAUGUACACUCCGUCGAACCUGAUGUCGGAACGGGCAAAUAUCAACGGAUCGUGGUACACAGUUCCCGAAAUCCACCGCCCUGCCCAGGCUUUCUACAUCACGGAGACUAACGAGUAUGGGAUCGCUUCGACUGAUGAUGGAUGGCCGUCUGAGGGAUACAUCGAGUUCUCGAAAAGCAAACGGUUAUUGCUCGGUUUUGGCACUGUUGAUCCUCAGAUGUCUGGAUACAACUUCACUGGAGACGACAGUACCAUUUUCCCUCGCGGUUACAUACUGGACAAUCAACCGGACGUCGAUGCAACUGAUUCUGGACGAGUCACCAAUGGCUGCUUUCUCCAUAACAAUACAGAGGACUUAUCUCGAGUCAAUUCAUCUUGGGCCAUAGCCACAACCCUUUCCAACUUCGAUUAUCCCACCUCUCCCUCGGCUGAUAUCCUUCCGCUCCUCAACCUGACAACCAACCUCACGAACUGCGGUAUCUCGCCCGUUCUCAACGUCACGCUAUUGAAUUCUACAGCCCAUGACAACUUUGUCCCUUACCAGAACUACUCCUACGCAACAGUUUGGUCUUGGGCGCCUGGCGAACCCAAAAAUGCCUCCUCCGGUGACGGUUCCGAUUCCCUUUUCCGCUGCGCAUCUGCAAACGUCGACCUCGCCGGCCGCUGGGUCGUCAAUGACUGUUCCAACAAAUAUUACGCUUCGUGUCGGGCCGUAAAUCAGCCUUACAAUUGGACCAUUACAACCUAUCCUAUCUCUUACUCUUACGCCAACCAAGCUUGUCCGGAAGGGUAUAACUUCGCAGCCCCGCGGACCUCGCUGGAGAAUAGCUAUCUGCUGCAAGCGAUGAUCCUUUCCCAUCGAGAUUUCGACGGGCAUGGUGCCUGGGUUGAUUUCAAUAGCUUGGAUACGAAGGGUUGCUGGGUGUCUGGGGGCCCGAAUGCAACGUGCCCGUAUACGGAGAGUCUUGGCGACCAUGAUUAUCUAUAUAGAAAAUAUGUCUUGGUACCAACCGUAGCCGCUAUCAUUGUCCUCGUCAUCUCGGGCCUGACCGUGUUCGUCAAAGUCGCGGGAAACCGAAAGGUCAGGAAGAGAACGAGGAAGAGAGCGGAUAACGGAUUCGUAUAUGAAGGUGUCCCGUCUUGAGACGGCGAGGACUAGCUUGUGCCGGGAUAGGGUGUAGUAUAUACAUGUACUAUUAUACGAAUCACGAUUUGAAGGAUGGGAAGAUCCACGGAAUGUUUAUGUUUAUGUUUAGAUAUUGGCGUGUGGGGUUUGAGUGUCCGAUGGCGAUUUGCUUCGAGCUGGAGAUGCCUAGAGGACAUCUUUGAUCACUUGGGCCCGCCACCGCCGCGGUGCGAUGUGCAACGAAAGUCUUAAGCUAUAGCCAGACUUCAUUGCUUCGAAAGGGAUCAUAUAAGCAUCUAUACUUCAAAUAAAAUUCCUAUAUGGAUGAGAAAUCCG